AUGAGACUCCACUCACUGAUUUCUCUUCUCCUCCUCUCUUUGACUAUAAUACCAAAAGCAAGGACUGGCCUUAUUCCGGGACAAAAACAAUGUAUUCUUUUGAAAGGGGUGUGUAAGGACCAUGCAUGCAUCGGCACAGAGGACACCAUUGGUAUAUGUAAUGAAGAAAAAAAAUGUUGUAGGAAGUGGUGGAUAUUAAAUCCCUAUCCAACACCCGUUCCCAAGUCAAAAUCUCCCUGA